AGAGUCGUGAGGCACCUUGAACGUCAGAGUUAGUCCUAGACACUGGCGUUACCAUGAGUGACCAAACGAAAUUAUUUUCCAAGCAAAAAGAAAAGCUUAUCAAAAUCGGCACGACUUACUAUUUUAAUAAAGACGACGAUGUGAAUACGAAAUCAAAGUAUACGUGUAUGAUAUCAUUGGAUACAUUCCUUUCGGUUUGUGUUAUUACGCCAUUAGUGAUUUCCAACUGGCAUGGAGUUUGGACAUUGUUUGACUUACACGCUGAUUUCUUUCCGCCCUACGAAACGUACGCGUUCGCGAAUUGUAUUUUGAUUUGUUGGACGUUCAUCCGACAAAUCUUACACGAGUGGUUUGAUAAACUGCAAGACCGCUACCAGAAUGCCUACAUUUGGCAAGUGUUUAUACAAGUGUACAUCGUACAUUUUAAUGUUAUGGUGAAUAUGCAAUGGAGGGCUGUGUUUAUUAUAUUCGACAUCAUUACGGGAUUGAAAAUGACGCCGGCGGGUGCGAGCGGUGAUAACGACACCAUGCCGGUCUGGGUCUUCACAAUUAUAUCAACAAUAGCUCUGAUCAUAUUGCGUGGAUUGAGGAAUACAUUAGCUGUACCUUUUAUCCUCGCACUUGAUCAUCCCACAGGAGUAUUCCAUUUUCCAACACGGUUUCGUACGCAGCUGGUGCAGAAGACUUCGCUGUACAUUCUAGACUGUUUGUUCUCGGUGCUAAUUGUGGGCACUCUUGUGGUGUUCGUAUGGCGCGGCGCAUGGGUGCUCAUCGACAUUUACCUAUUUCCGGAAAACGAAGCGUGGUCAGCGUGGGCCAGUCUGGCUAUAGGCUACAUGGUAGUCGCCAUUGCUUUCCUGUUGCAACCAGUAAUGCGAUGGCUUUGCGAUCGCUUAAACGGAGCUAUGCGACUUUUGGCUGCUGAUGUGUUCCUGCUUUUUUCAUUGCUAGGCACCGUCAAUGUAUGGCGCGGAAUUUGGAACUUAUUAAACAUCUAUUUCCUACCAGAAAAUAUGGAAUUAAGUUGUUGGAUUACUCAUUGGGUGAGUCUGAUUUUGUUGAUUCUGCUCGGCUGCUCGAAUUCACUGCUCGUGCGCGGUGUCUACAUUGACGCUGAAGAACCAGCUGGGAAAUGUGUCGUCUUUCCCUGCUACUACCUGCGGCUUAUCUUCCAACAAGAACGCGAAAAGAAGCACAAAAAUGGCGUGCAAAUGGUUUCGGCCACCAAGAUCAAACAAGAAAAACAAGAAGAAAAUGACAAUCACGUAGUGGCUGUCAACAUAGACGCCGGUAAUCAUAUAUGACAAAAGUUGGGCCUCGUUAUCAAUUACUUUAUUAAUCAUUUUAUUUUAUUGCUAUUGCGGUGCAACGAGACUCAAAGACAAACCGCUUUGUUUCUUCGUUCCAUGCACGCACAAUAGUAGCUGAUAUAUUGUAUUAUGCAGUUAUUUAUUUGCGAAUCAAUGAGAUUAAUAUCGACUAUAUUAAUCGUACUAAUGUUACGUUAGUUUUAUAAUGCUCACUUAGGUCUCUUUUACUGACACGUUAGAAAUGUAUAAUAUAUGCAGCAUGUAAGACGCGUAUAAUAUGGGUCUUUAUAUGCGUAUUUUCGGGGAUGACCACAUUGUUUGUUGUUUUGUGGAUUUGUGUAAUAAAAUCGGUUGAAAACGGA